AGUUUCAGUCUUAGUAAGUUACUUCCCCUCGUUCAAUUCUGAAUCGCUCUUGAGUGUCUCCGAACAGGAAGUUGUUCUUUGCCUCUCGUCUUCAUCAAUGCUGCAUUCAUUUUCACUCAGACCGUGAUGAUGGAGGCUGUACAAAAGGAAAACUGGUACUUCGUGGCACUUCUGAUUUCACUCUCUUUUAUCAAAGUCUCGGAGGAGCUGCAGGUUCCAGGCAGCAUAGUGCAGCUUCAGGAUGGGAUGUUGUUGGAUUGCUCAUGUCCCUGGAGCGGUAACCUCAUCAUGGUGUCAUGGACUAAAGAUGUCAAGUCGGCUCCACUUGCCAUUUUUCACCCUGAGUACGGCGUCAAUUUUGACGCUGCUUAUGACGGUAGAGUCGAGUUCAUCAAUGCAUCAGCGUUGGACGGCAGCAUCAGAAUAAUGAACGUCACUGAAAAAGAUGAGGGUGUGUAUCACUGCUCAGUGCAGACCUUUCCUCAAGGGUCAUGGACCAAGGAUACACUGGUGCAAAAACAAGUGGCGACUCCGGUCUUCUACCACAAUCCCAGCACCAAAUUUCUUCACGUCUCUGAAAGCGAAGACGUGACCAUCAGAUGUAGUCAAAACGACACCGUGUACAGUGUCAGCAUGGAGAAGAUGGAGGGAGCGGAUGGAGGGAUCAGUCUGUUAGCGGUGUGUAAGAUGAGUGACGACGGUGUGGAGCUCAGUGAGAAUCUGCACAGUGGAGUCGUGAACUGCAGCGACGCAAUGGAGAUGGAGCUGCAUUUAAACAACGUGAACCAGCACGAUGGCGGGAAUUAUCGCUGUAACUUCAGCACACACGGGGAGGUUUCUAGCAGAAUUAUCCAGCUCAUGGUGGUUUCCAGUCCAAAAGGACUCGGGUGGUAUAUUUACACUGCAGCAGGAGGAGCGAUCGCACUCGUCCUGAUGUCCGUCGCUCUUUUGUUCACGUGGAGGAGCAGGAGGAAGGUGAGGAGAUUGGAGUACAGGCCCCACAUACAAACCACCAAAAGAGAGCUUAGUUACUCUAGCGAGCAAGGCAGAGUGUAUGACAGGAUGAAAAAGACAACAAGGAACCAAAGAAAGAACAAUCCGAUAUACAUGAACCUCCCAAGCAAAAAAGAGCAGAAGAAAGGAAGAAGAUGAUGUUUGAGAUGAAGUUUAAGCUGAAAAGACUGCUGAAUAUGUGAUGAGCCAGUGAGUGAGUUUGUGAAUAGUGUUUGAUUGACAGGUAACGAGACCUUACUGGCUUUGAGUAAAGUAGGAAAGGAAGAGCCACUGGGAUAUAGAAAGCCUGCGAUGAUAUAAAAACAUUUUAAAAACUAUGGAAAAUGCAGCACACUAAAUGAAGACCUGUGUCCUAAUGAGAUGAUGGCUUUUUUUGUUUGUUUGUU